CUGUGGCCCUGGGAGUCAGGGAGCCACAGAAGUUCUGUGAAUUCCACCACCAGCAAACAAGGGGCAGCGUGGAGGAGUGGGCACAAUGUCUGAGGGAGCUUACCAGCGCCUCUGGGAGUCCUCCCACGUGACCCUGCAGGAGCUGCUGGACCAAGAGCAGCCUCUGCUCGAACCUGUGCCCGAUCGGGAGCGGCAGUCCUUCCAGUACAGGCUCGCGUCGCUCUACCUGCACUACCUGGGGCUGCUGCGCCGCUUCAACACCGUCUAUGACCAGAUGGUGCAGCCGCAGAAGCGGCGGCUGCUGCGGCGCCUGCUGGACGGCGUGGCGGGCCGCGUGCUGGAGCUCAAGGACGAGCUGGUGCGCGCCGACCUCUGUGAAAACCCCUGCCUGGACCGCGUGCUGCAGGAUCUCAAGCUCACCCCGGCUGACCUGGAAGUUCCAAUCCCCAAAUACUUCCUGUUGGAGCAGUCUACCGCCGUGCGGGAGCGACGGCUGAUACUGGCCGAGAUCCUGUCCAGACUGGAGCCAGAGUCCUCCCAGAAGAGCUUUAUAGGAAUGCACCGGACUGAGGCCAUACUUCUAGUGCAAAAGGCAGAGCGGGCCAGGCAAGGCCGGCUUCGAGCCACCUUCAUGCGAGAGAUUCGAAGAGAUGAGGAGCAGGAUCGGAGGAUUCGGGAGGAUGGAUGGCACAAGUUCAGUCAGUGCCAAGCAGCUAUCACCAUACAGAAGGUAUGGAAAGGCUACCUGCAGAGGAAACGCACUCAGCAGGACCGGCGGACAGAGAUGGAGUUCAUUGGCAUGCUCCCCUCACCCAACCAGGUAGAGCACCUGAGCAUCAUCUCCCAGGCCUGCCUCUGGGAGGAUGUCCGGAGGCUCCGCCAGGUAGAGAAGGAGGAGGAAUUCCGGGCGGCAAUGGUGAAGGCCCAUGAUUCUCUGGCAGAGACAGAGGGGCCUGACAUGAAGGAGAAGAUGAAGGAGCAAAUCCGACAGUGGUUUAUCGAGUGCCACGAUCUUACUGGCCGAUUCCCUGAUUAUCCAGAUGCAUCUUCAGGUGGAUCCUACUCAAUCUUUGCAGACAAAACUCCAGAACAGGUGAGAAUGGAACUGGAAAUGCAGGUCCAAGAGAACAAAAAAAAGGAACAAGAGAAGAGAAAGGAAAAAGGAAAGGAUGAAAAAAAGAAGAAGAAGAAGAAAGGAAAGGAAGAAAAGUCCAAGAAGGGGGAAGUGGAUGCGGUGCUGCAAGUGUUGCCAUCCAAAUGUAUCCCUAUGAUCAGUGCCGGGCAUGAGGAAUACUUAAAUACAUGGAAGAACCGGUGUGAAAGCAUACACCCCAGUCAGAAUUAUGACUCCGAGACCCUCCGGGAGGAGAAGAGGAAGGAGGUGGAGCUGGAGAUCCGGAUACAGGUGGAUGAGCUGAUGCGUCAGGAGCUGAGGAACCUCCGUCUGGUUGUGGACAAGGAGGAAGAAAGACCCUUGAGGGCUCCAAAGAAAACACCUGGGAAGAAAAGUGGGAAAAAGAAGGAAAAAGAUCUGACCCCAAACAGGUCUGUGGAGUCUCUGUAUGAAGAGCUUGUUAUUUCUGGACUUCUAAGGAAGAGUGAGUCAGUAGCAUUGAAAGACUACGUAGGUGACUUCCUCUAUCUUGGAUCUGCUCUGAGUUUGGCAAAGAAGUUGCCCAUGCCAUCCCUGUUUGACAUACGACAGAAUGUGGCUUUGUAUGCAGUCCUUCGGCUUGGCUCCCCGGAUAUCCAUGCCAUGGCCCCACUCAUCCGCUCCAUCCUCCUGGUGGGCCCCUCUGGCAUGGGGAAGAAGAUGCUGGUCAAGGCAGUGUGCACAGAAACUGGCGCCAACCUGUUCGACCUGUCACCGGACAACCUGCUGGGCAAAUAUCCUGGCAGGAAUGGGGCACAGAUGAUGGUGCAUAUAGUCUUUAAGGUAGCCCGACUCCUACAGCCCUCUGUGAUUUGGAUUGGAAAUGCUGAGAAGAAUUUCUAUAAGAGGAUCCCCAAAGAAGACAGGGAGAUGGACCCAAAGCGGAUAAAGAAGGACCUCACCAAGGCCUUGCGGCUGCUGACUCCUGGAGACCGUGUGAUGCUGAUUGGGACAACCUCCCGGCCGCAGCUGGCUGAUAUUCGGGGGCUGUGCCGGGUCUACGAGCGGAUCCUCUUCAUGCCCCGGCCUGACUACGCGUCCCGCUAUGUGUUCUGGAAGCGUAUGAUAGAGGCCCGGGGCGUCCAGCCAACCCAGCACUUGGACAUCAGUGCCCUAGCCAAGGUCUCCGAUGGCUACACGCCAGGUCACAUUCUCCAAGCCAUCCAAUCGGUGCUGAGUGAGCGGCGGUUCCUGCAACUGUCCAAGCGGCCCCUGGUGGCCUCUGAGUUCCUGGGACAACUGGCGAAGCUGGAUCCAGUAUACAGGGAGGAGGAGGAGUCCCUGAAGGACUGGUACUUCAAGACCCCACUGGGCAAGAAGAGCAUGAAGCACAGGAUGGACCAGUUGGAGGCUGAGGAGGCCAAGCUGGCCAAGGAGAAGAAGAAAAGAAAGUGAUGGCUAAGGCUUGUGGGUACCUGAGAUUAGUGGUGUGGGACAGGGCAGUGGCCCAAGGGUAAAGGGAUGGGGCAGAGGCAUAAACGCCCAGAUGACUUGGGGACAAACUC